AAAAGGGCAAAACCGCCCGCCCCCGCCAUUGACCUCCCGAUUAGAAAACCGAGUUCCUUCCCCCUUCCCUUCCAUUCCCGACCGGCGGACGGAGAGAUGAGAAGAGUCCCGGCUUCCGGCACUCCUCCACCGCCCGAUCCGUGCUAGACCUAACCCCCGAUGGAUCUCCACCGUCGGAUCCUCUUACCCGGCGACGACGACCGUCCCCGCGACCCCGCCCCGCCGUCCCCAAGCGCCCACCGCAACCUCAUCAUCAUUGUCGUCUCCGUAAUCGCCGCCGUCAUCUUCCUCUCCCUCGUCUACUACUCCUUCCUCCGCCGCCGCUGGCGCCUCCGCCACCUCCUCCUUCCCCCCGCGGCCGUCCCCGCCGGCUCCGGCGCUGCCUCUCCCCCCUCCGAUGACGACGGGGCCGCCGAGGACGGGGAGGGGCCGCACCAUGUGUGGUACAUCCGGACCGUUGGGCUGGAUGAGGCAACCAUCGGGUCCAUCGCCGUCGCCGAAUACAAGGCCGGCGGCGGGCUCCUCGGCGCCGCCGACUGCUCCGUGUGCCUCGGGGACUUCCAGGACGGGGAGCUCGUCCGGCUACUCCCAAAGUGCGGCCACGCCUUCCACGUCCCCUGCAUCGAUACCUGGCUUCGGGCCCAUGUCAAUUGCCCCCUUUGCCGGGCCGGCAUCAUUGACCCAGCGGCGGAUCUCGCCGGCGCCGCUCCUCCUCCUCCUGCUGCUACCACUGUCGGUGCUGUCUCGGUCGACGACUCGAGUUCCUCGGUUCCUGUGGACAAUCCCGACACUGGAAUCCAAGCACUGGAGAGCGAUAAUGGGUUGCAGGAUGUGGAAGAAGAGGAUAGAGGAACGGAGAGUGGAGUUGAAAUUGGAAUUUUGACUGACCAGUUGCUGGAAAGCUCUGAGCUUGCGGUACCGAGCGAGUUGGGGGAAGAUGGGUUGCAGCCGGUUCGCAGGUCGGUUUCAAUGGACUCGCCAUACUUGGGUAUUCUUCCCAUCAGAGUGGAGCCGGAAAAGAACUCUGCGGAGGAGCAAAAAGAUCCCUACUUUGGGGAAGAGCAGACAAGUAAUAACCGGGGAAAGCAAGGAAAUUCUUCGAAACAGGGUUCAUUGCGGAAGGGUCAUUUAGAAAUAGAAAGAUCUCUGUCGAGCAGCGGCAGGGGGUUCUUCUCAAGAUAUGGACGGGUGGCCAGAAACUCGAUCCUCCCCUCGUGAUGGUGGAUACAGGUGGUUUGUUUCGUUUGGUUGCCGUUAAAACAAUGUCCUUUCGAGUUUGUAGUGUCUGUGAAUUUUGAAUAUGAAGUGUUCUCAGCAAUGUGAGAGUUACUCACUGCUGGUCAUACAUUUAGAGAUAGUGAGGAAGGUUAAAAAAAGUGAACUUCCAUGUCACAGAUAGUAGGCAGUUCACACUUAUAUCGUAAUAAAUAGAACUUUGUUCUCUUAUCAAUGAAUGUCUUCACCUGCUAAAGUAGCUGCAUCGAUGUUUCAAUUUGAUCAAUGAAAAGCAAAUUGCAGCAGAAAUUAGUGCUUA